GCUCUGCUCUGCUCAAUCUCAUUCCUUAUAAAACCACGAUUCCUGCACAACAGAAAGACUCCGGCAUAAUGACCACGCCGACUCUCAUAGAUCUACCUCCCCCGCCCUCGGAUCCUGUCACGCCAUCGGACAUGGGACCAGGCACACCAAAUUCGGGCACAACCUCCCUCUCUGCACUGUCCACCACCGCUAUCAAAGACGGCCAUCAGGGCCAGCCUCUACCACACGGGCGACAUGCUCAUCACUCAUCCUCUGCCUCGGCGACCUCUACAUCUACCUUGGAGGCCGAGCGAGCCGAUCGCAUCUCCCGUCUCGCCGGGCUGGAACGUGUCGCAACCGCCCGAGCGGGAGGUGUUCCUCAGUCGAACCUCGUGUUCGCGACGGCGCACGGCCCUGGCUACUUUGACAGCGGAUCCGGUUUCAAAGAAAGAAGCACCGUGGGCAGUGCCAGCGCCACCGGCAGCGUGGGUGCUCGUACUACAUGGGCAAGCGGCAGCGAUGCGCUCGACGCAGACAAGAUGAGCGAAGACACGAACGACGACGAUGAGACCUCUAGCGUGGGAAACAUCAGUGAAGGGGAUGCGAGCCUGGUUGCAUUUGGAGAGGGCGCCAGUACGAUCAGUGGCCCGAUUUCGCACCCCACUCUCAACCGAAUGUCGUCGGGAGGUCGUCCGAGUUCGCUGGGAGCUGGAAGUCCUAGCAUGAGCCGAGCGAAUCCCCUCACAUCGUACCAGCCUGGAGUUGAAGACUCUGCCGCCGUGUCCUCCUCGUUAUCUCCUGCGGGAUCGAAUACGCCGGAACAGAUGCAUGACGCUCGCAUGCUGGACGGGGUAACCUAUGACAGUGAUGUGGUCGACACGACUGUGAGAACCCCGCGGCUGGCCACCCCGUUCAGCCAUGGCCAGUCUGCCAAUCGGAACGAUGACUCGGGAGACAAUUGAGAGGAAAGCAGGAUUCAAAAGGAGUGAAUGGGCGUUUUUACACAGAUGGGAGGUUUGUACCUUUUUAGCUAUGGAUCAUGGGAGGCACAGUGAUGGGAAGUUCAGGCUGUGACGGGCGGCCUCAAAGCAGAUACCUGGAGAACGAGUAUGAUUUUUCUGUAGGAUAAUUGAUAGCACGUUGAAAUGCCUUUUUUUCCUUUCAAUCUAGCAGUAUUCAGUAUUGGGAUAGUUGUUUCUUGUAUGGGGUGGGUCGAGAAGAGUCGAUCAGUCUUAUCCCGAAUGGCGACAUUCACAUGGCCACAAUAACAUCAUAAUGCCAGCAAGAAUCCCCA